CUGCAGAUUGCGUCAGCUAGCCAGGGCACCAAGAAACAGCUCCCUGAAGCCUCAGCAGCAGCGAACAGCAGCAGUCCGCAGCAGACAGCGGCGGCACACUGCAGUUGUGAACAGCAGCGGCAACAAGAUGCCGCAUGCAGCACCGGUCAGCUACAACGCUGGGAUCAGCGCGUGCGUGAAGGGCGAGCAGUGGCAGCGGGCGAUGGCGCUUCUGCGCGAGAUGCGGGAGGCGAAGGUGGAGCCCGACGUCACUUUUUUAGCUACAAUGCUGGGGUCAGCGCAUGCGAAAAGGGCGAGCAGUGGCAGCGGGCUCUUGCGCUGCUCAGCGAGAUGAGGGAGGCAGAGCUGGAGCCCGAUACCAUCUACUACAGCGCUGGGAUCAGCGCGUGCGAGAAGGGCGAGCAGUGGCAGCGGGCCUUGGCGCUGCUGAGCGAGAUGCGGGAGGCGAAGCUGGAGCCCAACGUCAUCAGCUACGGCGCUGGGACCAGCGCUUGCGGGAAGGGCGAGCAGUGGCAUCGGGCCUUGGCGCUGCUGAUGGAGAUGCGGGAGGCGAUGCUGGAGCCCAACGUCAUUCAGCUACAGCGUUGGGAUUAG